UUUUAAUCAAAUGGUUUUUCGCUCGUCUGCGUGCGAGACGUGUGUCGCGCUGCCGUCGUGACUACUGUGCGUUCGCAGUUUUGUUUUUUUUAAUUCAAUGUACAUUAUCAAAAUAACAAUUAUAAGCGUUUAACAGCAAAUAAGUGUAACUUUGAUAAUAUCUGACGUUUUACAGUAGAGAAUACAGUGAAUUUGAUAAAUAAAAUAAACAGUUUGUUAUGUUUUCAUUUGUUGUUGGGGUGAGCAGAUUGAGUUUCUUCUAACCGUGAGGGAAAAAUUAACAGCUGUUUGAGCAUAGUAUGCUUCGUAUUGUGCCGGCUGUCGUGAAGUACCUCGCCGGUUAUGGGGCAGCUGUUGACUUUCAGACGCGUGUUAUGAUAUCCUAGCACCACCCAUGCGGGAGGCUGCGUCGAAGACGAUAACUCUCGCAUAGACUCCACUCGGAUAUGACAGCGUUCUCAAACUAGUGUCUCGAUAACGAUAGCAAGAACCAUCGCGUCUGACGGUCUGAUAACCCGGUCACACUGUGUAGAAUCGUGCGCGCACGCAGACGUGUUCCGCGUUCGAGCUGCAUUGACAGUACGUAGCCGAAGUGAGUUUCGAUUGAAUGUGCAGUGUUUGUUGUUAAAAUGCGUGCGGAAGACCUCUGGUCGGGCCUGGCGUUGAGCUGGGUAGUGACUUUAGUGGGGUGCCACUCUCCGGGGAGCGAGCUGGAGUCGGUCCGCUACGGGCCCGGGGACGAACGCUUCACGAGCGACACAUACACCAUUGCGAAUAUAAACAUUACUUACGAGGACGAACACGGCGAGAUCUUUAAUGAUACUUCUGAGGUGAGAAAGACACACUUCGCAAGUCAAUUCACCGGUAAAUACGGCGAGGGCUAUAUCGGCUCAGCGCGCGGCAUGGCGGUGCACGUGCGCGCGCGUGGGCCGGACGGCGAGCACGACCACACCGGCUGCAAGUGGCCGCUGCUGUCCGUCGCCGCGCCGCACGACCCGCUGCCCAGCGAACCCUGGAUAGCUGUGAUUCGCCGGGGCAGCUGCAAUUUUGAGAUCAAGGUGCAGAACGCGUGGCGGGCGAAUGCGUCGGCGGUACUCAUAUAUAAUGACAGAGAUACCACUCUGCUGGAGAAAAUGAAGCUAUCUACUGAUAGUGGACGCAACAUAAGUGCAGUAUUCAUUUACAAGUGGAAAGGGGAAGAAAUCACUAAACUGGUGGACAAUGGCACGCGCGUCAUGGUAGCGAUUAUCAAGGGCCGGACCUUUACACAUAUCAACAAUAAUAUUAACAAAACAUCGGUGUUGUUCGUGUCGAUAUCGUUCAUAGUGCUGAUGGUGAUAUCACUGGCCUGGCUGGUGUUCUACUACAUCCAGCGCUUCCGGUACAUACACGCUAAGGACAGGCUCUCUAAGCGACUGUGCUGCGCUGCCAAGAAAGCUCUAUCGAAAAUACCAGUCAAGAGCUUAAAGACUGAUGACAGGGAGGUGCAGGGUGAUGGCGAAUGUUGCGCCAUUUGUAUCGAGCCCUACAGAGUGUCGGAAACGUUAAGAUCUCUUCCUUGUAGACACGACUUCCACAAGAACUGCAUCGAUCCGUGGCUACUGGAGCACCGCACGUGCCCCAUGUGCAAAAUGGACAUACUCAAGUACUACGGCUUUGUGGCGGAAAGACACGAAAGGGCGCGACAAAUAGUGAUUGCUCCAAUUCUUCAAUAUUACGACGAAAUAUACUUUUAUCCUUCUGCACGGAGGUCCUUAUACAUUCACGGGCAGCCAGGAGAGCAUCCUGCAGCUGGACGUGGAGGAGGCGCGCAGCCGCGCUCUGUCGCCCGCGCUGUCGCCCGCGCGCACAAGGCAUCCGCUCACUUUGUUGUCGAGCGACAGCGGGUUCGCUGCGUCGGCGCGCGGGGGCGGCGACAGCGCGCGCAGCAGCCGCGCCGCAUCGCCCGACCAGCUCGUGCGCAGAGACGACUUGCAACACGGACCCGAUAAUGAGGAUUCACCAAGCGAGCAGAACGAGGACUGUUCGCCCGAAGAGAGCUCCGGCUCGGGCCCCAGCGACUGAUGCCGCAGCUCUCCCCCCUCCGUGCCAAAUACCCCCCAGGGAUGUCCCCCCUAGGAUAACCACGCUAGGAUAUCGUCCCUAGGAAACAAUCACGCUAGGAUAUUCCUCUAGGAUGCCUGCCCCUGGGAUUAUGCUAGGAUAUCUACCCUAGGACAAUCCUCUAUAGGAUGUCCUUUGUCCACCCUAGAAUUCCCGCUUGGAUUUCCUGCUCAGGAUGCUUGAAACAUCGUGGAACCUUCGUUAAGAUAUCUGGGAUACCCGAGGAAUAAAAUACAUAUCCUCGGGAUAACAGGCGCUAGAAUAUCAAGGAAGUGUUCUGACUGCAGAGGAUGCGAAAUUAUCCACCAUUAUGAAUGAGAUGGGAUAAAGAAGAUAUCUUUGAAAGAUAAGAGAAGAGAUCCUAAGAUAUGAGGAUAUGAAUCCUAAACUGGGAUUUUUAUAAUGGGAAGUUUGAAACAGUGCAAGAUAAGUGUCGAUAAAGAGUUGUAAAUAUAUGGACCAAUUAGCACAUCGCGAUUUGAUGAGUUUUAUAAUAAUUUACUAACAACAGUUUGAAGUGAAUUGUGGAUUUUUUCGUUCGCCUUAGCUAACGUCAGUGACCAAAAUAUGACCAUGUUAUAGGGGUGUUUAUCAAAGUAUGGAAAAAGGCGAGUUUUAUCUACAAACCUAAUGUCUGGGUUGCAUCCUUUAGCCUAUUUUUCUUCUUUGUUAGAUAUAAGUACUAAAACUAGAAUUAUAUGUUGCUAUAUUGUUGACUCGAACUAUAAUAAGGGUAAUUAACAGCUUAUAGAUAAUGUAGACGAGGUAAAUUGAUGUAACAUAUAAUUUUGGUAUUAGACAAUUCAUUCGGAAGCAGCUCAUUGUAAAAUAGUUAAAAAAAUCUGAUUUAUUCACAUGAUUAUAAAUUUCAUUACUCUGUGCUUUUUGAGAUAGUUUUCAUUAAUAUUUGAAAAAGUGUCAACAUUUUUUUGUAUUCAAUAUUGUCACAGGAAAAUGAACUUUAUUUUCAUAGACAAAUGUAUCAGAUUUCUUUAAAGUAUUGUGUAUAAGCUGCAACUGUCUCGCCCCUUACCAUUGGUCAGUAUUAGCGCUAGUGUUUCCUUGUGUUCAUUUAUCACUAAGCUAAGGAAAAAUACUCAAAAAAGGCAAAAAAAAACAAUCUUCCAGUGAUAAGAAAGAAUGGUGGACAAGUGAUAUUUUUUUAAUGGACUAUUUAGCAUAGACUAGUUAUAUACACCGCGAUUCCGCCUAGUCAACAAAUUUCAUGGUACAAUGGAUCGAAUAAUAAAUUUCUUUGUUAUUAUGCUUUUUAAUGAACUUUUCUACUAAAUAUUUGUUGACACGACUUUUUAUAUCAUCUUUUUGAAAAUCAAUUGAGUUUUUAGUAUUGCUUUAAUAAGAGUAGUGUUGAGAAAUAUUCAGCAGAGUUGUUGAUCCAUUGUCUUACAAUCGAGCCGUCGAAAUUGUACUUAAUCCCAUUUGGUUGAUCUCAUCAUUGUAUCCAAACAUUUACAAUCGAACGAGUGACACGGUUGUGUUGGCCCUUCCCGCUUGUUAUAUCAAUAUUGUCAUAUUAUUAUUAUAAGAUGUCCGUCCAUAGUAUAAUUCUAUAACACUAUUAUUCUAACGUUUGCGUAAUAUUUUUCCUUAACGUUUUCAUAGUCCGCUAGUUAUUUUAAACUUAUUUGUGUUGAACUUUCUAGAAAUUCUUUAAUAAAUACGAAUCGGGCCAAGCAACCAGCCGGAUCAGUUGGUCUAGGUAACAGCGGUAGACUGCAAAAUUCGUGGCUCUAAAUAAUUUAGUAAAUAAAUUCUAGUCUGAACUUGGAAUUUCAUCGCUUUCUAAUCGUUUCGUAUUAUUAUCUUUUGGUACGUGGAAUUCAACCAAAGCAUCGGUACGAAAGCGAUGUCAUUCGUGUUAUUUUUAAGUAAAAAUAUAUUAAGUUUCGUAAGUGAGCAUUUAAGUUAUUACUUACUGUACUUCUAAGGUACUUAUUAUUGAAAAUCCAUUGGAUUUUAUAUUAACAAGGAGACUGGUAUGUACUUUACGGUAACAGCAGUUAUGGUGUAAAAGUUAUAUAUGUAUUUACAUUCCCCUCAUAAAUAUUCUAAUGUACUCUUCGUGUGUACACCAAGUGUUAAAAUAAAAACCAAUACAGUAUUGA